GGUGACUCUUGAAGAUGACGAUACAAUGACUAGACGGAUUCGAUUCACACCCACGCGAGUUGUUUUUUCGCAUUGCGGCUGGUUGGUGGAUGACGGGGGGCAAGACGACUUGACCCAGGCACUUUGCGCUACGCAGAGGACGGACAAGAACUUCGACUAGGCACUUCUGGUGUGGUGGGACCCAACUGCGCCAACUACUCACCCUUGUACUGUCACCGAGUUUCAGUUCGUCGAAUGCUAGGAAAUUGCCAUUGACGUACGCACACCUCUGCCUGCAUUAUUCUGCACUCGUGACCUGCCAAACUCCAAUGUCAACGGCGAGGGAGAUGCAGAAACCUGACCUCAUUUGCAGAGAAAUUUUGGCAUCACCCAAAGCCAUUCUACAUCUACUAUAGAUAUACAGUGCAAGGGGCGUCUCUGAAGGGCAGCAGUGGCGUCUCAAGGGCUGUCAUGGGCAACUCUGCUUCUCGCGGACGAUCGAAGCCGGGGCAGGGCCAUGCGUCCAAGGUAGCACCUCCUUCUCCAGCUGGAAUGCAGAGCCAGCAGAUGGCCUUCAAGUGGAGCAUCGAUGGAUUCUGCUCGCUCCUCGACAAGGGUGAAGGAUGGACCUACUCCAGAGUGUUUGAGAUCAUGGGCCUGAACUGGUACCUGAAACUGAAUCCAAGGGACAAGAGGGGCGGUGAAGACGAGGAGCACGUCUCUCUUCAGCUUGAACUGGCGAGAAGCUCAGUCAAGCUUGAUACCAUCGUUGUGGCCUCUUUCAAGUUGCUGAUAUAUGAUCAGUCGUACGGAAAGCACAGCGAGCAUCAAGUAAGCCACAGUUUCCAGACAGCAAGCACAAGCGCUGGGGCCUCAUACGUGAUCCCCCUGGAAACGCUGAAAAAGCAGUCCUCUGGCUUCCUCGUCAACAACAGCUGCGUCUUUGGUGUCGAGUUCAUCAAGGUUGCCACUUCUAAAGCCAACGUUACAUCAGAAACGCUGUUUGUCCAGAAGACGAGCAUCUUCAAUGAGUCCAAAGUUUACACUUGGAACAUCGAGGACUUCUUUUCGCUGAAGAACCCGGGUGACUCUCCGGAGUUUGAAGUCGGUGGAUACAAAUGGUAUAUCAGUAUGUAUCCAUCUCGCGAUGGCAACCACCUCUCCUUGUACCUGAAUAUGAAGAAUGAUCUCUCCAAAGACCCCUCGAUCCUUGUACAACUUACCUUAUCCAUCAAAGACCAGGAAACCGGCAAUCACCUGGAAGGAACAGGACGUUGUCAGUUUUCAAAUAAUGCUCCUGGCUGGGGUUGGAGUAGGUUCAUUUCGCUGGAGGAUUUCAAGAACUCCGCGAAUGGCUAUCUCGUGAAGACCAAGUGCUGCGUUGAAGCUGAGGUUGAAUUCAUUGGUUCCUCCACGGUGGAGCAUGGUCUGAAUCGCAGUGCUGCGAAGAGGGUUAAGUGUGUGUGAGCGUGGGGUUGUUCGUGCCCGAGACGCAGAAGGUGUGCGCAAUGCCAAAUAAAGGUUCAGGCAUGAACAUGUACGUGUGCUCAGUUUAUUUGAUUGUCAUGCUUGUUGGUGUAGUUUCAUGUACCGGGAAUCGCCUCGAUUUGUACUCUGAAUUUCUCGAUCCUCGUUUCCAACGAGGAAACCCAGUGGCAAAAAUUUUACUGCUCCGUCUCUUGCUGA